AUGGGCGGCGUCUCGAAGGCGAAGGGAGCGACUAGGAGUUCCGAGAAGGCUCUCCAUUUUGCAGAACGUUUUCUUGACGACGAGAGAGAAAAGAAAAAACUUCAAGAGGAAGUCAACGGAACUCGAGACAAUGGAGGACUCACCGCAGACUCUGCCGUCGGUUUGCAGAACGACGAACCUGAUGCCGCGAAGAAAUCUUCCCCUCUGCAAGUUAUGAGCAACACUGACUAUGGCAAGUACGAACGACUGAGCAAGCGGCUAGACGAAGAAGAAGAGCGGAAAAAGAAAAAAGAAGAAGCAGACGCCAUGGCGGCUCGCGAGAUGAUGCAAGGCUGUUCCCACGACCACUCUAAGGAGCGCCAGAUCUACGAGAAGCCAACGGGGGAGAAGAUCGACGCCGCUGAGAGAUUUCGGCAAGAAGGAAACGCCGCCUUUCGCGAGAAGAACUACGGACUCGCGGCAGUCAAUUACCGCAAAGCUCUCCUCCAGUUCGACUACACGUUCCCGGACACUGACGAGGAGCAGAAGCGGAUGGAUUCUGUCAAGCUGCCGUGUCACCUCAACCUCGCCGCAUGCAAGCUGCAGCAGCAGGACUACGAAGAGGUGUACAUACAGUGCCGCCUAGCUCUGGAGAUGGACCCCAAGAAUACCAAGGCGUACUACCGCCGAGGUCUCGCGCAUCUUCAGCAGGACAACUUCGUAAAAGCUAAAGAGGACCUCAUGGAGGCUCUCACUCAGGAACCCAACAGCAAGGAAAUUCGAGAUGCGCUGCAACUUCUUCGAGAAAAAAUUCACCGCUAUCACCGUAGGUCGGCGAUGACCUACAAGGCGAUGCUGAAGAGCGACGGAUCUGAAGAGACAGUGGGGGAUUCCGUGGCGAGCCCUGCUGAGACCAUCUCCGGGAAGGAAGCAUCUGACGCUUGUUGCAGACCCGAGUCUAUGGAGUCCAUACCGGCGAAAGCGUGUGGCGGCUGUGAACGCCAAGCUCCCGAAAAGGAGGGGGACAGGGUAUCGCGAGAGGCAACUCACGAGAGGAAUCUCCGCGAGGAGACAUUUGAUCAACGGGUUCCACGGAAGUGGGAAGAAACGCGCAGCGAAGAUCCGGUUUCCUCGACAGCCGCAGAAGCGGUUCUAAGUUCUGGAUAUUCCAGUCCAGAGACAAGGGCAGAGACGCAUGCGCACAGGGAGGCGACUGAGUCCGUGAAGCACGAAGAGGGCCGACACACGCGUUCUCGAACCCCGUCGUCUUCUACGCAUCGAACUGUCCGCAAGGUGGAGGAAGUGUCUGAUGACGAAGACAGACCGGCGGCGAGUUCGUCGUCGGGAGAGAGAGACAACUGCGCUGCGAGAGGAAAGGAAGGAGACAGCAGGGACAACGUGCAGAAUUGGGGAGAGGGCGGGGCUCCGCGAGGCCGAAAGCGAAGCUACAAUGAAGCCGUGGUCAUGCCUCUGCACGAGAAGUCUCUGGAGGAGCGGCGGGAAACGGCGCUGGAGCAGGGACGCGAGUUGCACCAGAAACUACUGUUGCUCUUGCGGCAGAAGCAACAAGAGUUGAAGGCGGCUCUCGAGCGGGAGUGCCCCGACGACGGAUCGGCCAGCGAAGACGAGCAGAAGCCAGGCGGCGGGAAGCAUCGUCGGGCGUCAUUCGCGUCCACGUACACCGUGUCGUCAGCGGGCGAAGCCUUCUCGCUGCGACGUGACGACUGCUCAGACAUCGAUGGGUCUUUCGAUCGAAGACGGCAUCGGAGCAGGGCUUUUGCGGACGGCGACUCCAGCGUCGUGUCGCCUUACGGUGUUGCUCUCAUCGUUGCCGUAUCAGCCGUCUUCAGCGCAUGCAUCGGCCUCCUCGUAGGUCUGCUCCUCGGGUCUGGCGGCCGCGACGCGCGACUGCCGGCGCAGCCCGAGCCAGGUGUAUGUACACCCGAUGGGUGCACUGGCCACAAGCUGGCGGCGCUGCCCGCGCUCGCCACUGCGACGCUUCAAAGCGUUGGCAGUUUCCUCUCGGACGGCGGGGUGAUUUUGGCUGGACUCGCGGCUGCAGUCUGCGUCGGCAUCGCGCUGCUUUUGAUUUUCCUCGAUGAGGACGGUGAAGAGGGCAUUGCGGAAGAACGGACGGGCGUUUUGGAAAGGCGGCAUUCGGUGCCUGUGUCCAGACGGGCUGGUACAGGAGGGCGUCAGUCGCGAGCUGCAAGUGUGUCCGGACGCAACAAAUGGCCAGGUGUGGAAGAGGAGUCGAGUGACGACGGUGACAAAGAAGGCGGGGGACCUUCUGGAAUGAGAAAGAACGAACUGUGGAAAGGCGAAGGCAUUUCGGGUGUCGGCCCCGCACCGCGGCGCCGAAAACUCACGGCGGAAUACAUCGAAGAAGUCGCCGGACCUCAGCGAGAUAUCGGGUCGUUUCCACAACGGAAAACGGGGAAGCUGCACUCGGAUCCCACGUUCGAUGCCGUGUUGCAGCAGUGGUGCAAUUAGCGUUUAGGGUUGACGUUGCGCGUGCAAACUGCGCGGCUGGGGAAGCGGGAUUCAGGGUACAGACGAAUAUUGGAGGAAUAAAAAUGAGGGGAGAAGGGAAGAGUCACAUGCGCGGUGUAGUUUGUGGAGAAAGUCGCGAAGAAAUCAUGUCACUGAAUGGAUGCCGGGUGAAGCACCGGAUGCAUAAGAACGGAGGCUGAGGCAAACGGCCUCAGGGAUCCCAGCUGAACACUCUGGGCUCGCAUCUGGGGUCUGCCCUCAAUCCGAGCCAGAUACGCCUGUAACACGGUGGUUCGAAAAAGCUGAAUGCAUGCACAACUCUUU